GUCCGCUUCUGCUUCGCUCUGUUUUACAUAUCUAUCUUUGUAAGACGGAUCCAGGCCGACCUAGUACGACAGAGACACCUUCACGCCUACACCACAGCCGAAGAAGUUGUAAGUUUUGGUUUUGUUUCCUGUCUUUCCCAGAGCAGAGCCAACCUCUUCGACAAUUUUGUUCCCACCCAGCGAGACCCCAGCUCUCGCUUCUCCUUCCAAGCCCACCACAUUCCCACAUACACAGACCCGAAAUGGUCUCAACAUUUCAGAUGCCGGCCUUCUACCGGCAGAACCCCUUAUCCGUCGACACCAACCAUGCGGCGCACAAGUACUUCGAGGACGAGGAUGCCAACAUCUUGGACGAGAACAUCCUAGACAGCAGCGCGAUCGAGGCAGGCCUGGACAUGUCGCCCCCUAUGGCUGGCAGCCGGAGGGAUUCGUUCGCUGUCGCUGGCUCGAUAUUCUCGCCCAAGACGGAGGACUGGCAGUCGUCGGUCGACAUGCAAUCUGUGCCGUCCAACAACCCUUUCCUCGAGCCGCAGAACAACAACCCGUUCCGGUCUGAUCCGUCGCAAGCCUACGGCCCGCAAGGUCAGCAAUGGAAUAUGGGCCAGGGUUCCGGCACUUGCACGCCGCUGCAGUACGAUGGUCUCGAGACUGCGUUCGACAACAACCAGUCCAUCUUCCAGCAGCGGACCCUGCAGAUGCAGACGCCCUUCAGCAAUGCUGCGCACCAGAUGCCCCUGUUCUCGACCGUCGGUCCGGCUAAUCCUGCCAUGCCGACGUCGCCGCAGAAAGAUUGGAUGAGCCACGACUUGAAGAGCCAGUCCCUCGUGAAGCGCAUGCGGCCGGGCAGCCCGAGCAUCCGGUCUCACAACGAGCUGCGCCGUGGCGACGGCAUUCGCAAGAAGAACGCCCGGUUCGACAUCCCCGCCGAGCGCAACCUCGGCAACAUUGAUCAACUGAUCGCGGCGACGACCGACGAGCAGGAGAUCAAGGAGCUGAAGCAGCAGAAGCGGCUACUGCGCAACCGGCAAGCCGCCCUCGACUCGAGGCAGAGGAAAAAGAUGCACACGGAGAGGCUCGAGGACGAGAAGAAGCACUUCACCGGCCUCAUCAGCACGCUGGAGGAGGACAUAACCGAGCUGCACAUGAAGCUGGACCAGGAGAGGCGCGAUCGCGAGUUCCUCGUCGCCCACGUCGAGAGCUUGACGCUGGAGAAGGAGGAGCUGAUCCGCAACCACACCAACGAGACCGGUGACCUGCGCAAGAAGAUCAGCGUGCUCACCGACCACGUCCAGAGGCUCGAGCACGCCUCCAUUCCCAGCAACGCCGGCUACUCGAACGGCUUCAACGACAUGGACAGCCUCAGCAUGGACUCGUCCUGGGACAACAUCGGUUUCAUGGCCGAUUUUCCCAUGGAGCCCGAGGUCAAGCAGGAGCUUCAGCUCGUCCCCCAGAAGAAGCCCGAGGUAUCGCUGUCGGGCGAUGUCGACAAGUCCACCGCCCAGGGCGGCCUCCUGUUCAUGCUCUUCCUCGUCGGCGCCUUUGUCCUGUCUAACAGGUCCACCCCGACCAUCCCCCGCGUGUCCGAGGACCUCCGCGAAGCUUCGGCGACGCUGCUCGACAACAUCUUCAAGGACGCCGGCGUCGCCCACAGCGCCGAGCACGCCAUCGUCCCCUCCGCCCCCCAGCCGUCGGGCGCGGACUGGACCAGCACCGCCUCGGUGCCGAUGGCGAGCAGCAGCAUGGAAGGCGUCGCCCCCUCGAUGCUGGGCGACCUGGCCGACUCUCUGACGCAGCCGACGCAGGAGCAGACGAACGAGCAGAUCUUCUCGCUGACGCCCGCCCAAUACAACACGGUGAACUCGCAAGACUUCCUGCGCGCGGCGCCCCCGCGGCCGGCGGUGAGCCAGGGCCGUCGCAAUCUCGCGGAGGCGCUCAACAGCCUUCGCAGCGGCGAGAAGCAGUCGGCAGCCGAGGUGUACACGAGAACGCUCCUGUGGGACCAGAUCCCCGGCGACGUGGUGCGCAACUUCGCCAAGAUGGUAGCCGAGUGCAAUGGUGCCAACGGCGGUCACCAGUCCGGCAAUGGUAACGACGCAAGUUCAUGACGAACGAACGAACCAAUGUUUCUCACGAAGUCACGACCCCGAUGACGACCAAGUCCAAGUUAACGAGAAGACGAUUUCAUCUCUUGUUUUUCUAUCUACUCUUAUAAUUUCAUUUUAUAUCUUUUGCCUCCCCCAUGACCGGUCCAUCUCAUCAUCAUCUUCUCCACGACUUGGAAGAUGUCGUAUUCCUCACGAAUGAACGAACUACUUUUUUUUUUCUCUCUCGCAUUGUCGGUAUUUACAUCGUCGCUAUUGACAGCCACCUUGUCUAUACAUGCAAUACAUUACAUACACU